UCCUGUGGAAUUCUAAAAGGCAAUGCGACAGUGAACUACCCGAGUUGCUAUUGUUGUCGUUGCUGUGUUGCUGCCGCCGCCGCUUCUGCUGCUGCUGCCGCUAUUGCUACUACCACCACUACUACUCCUGCUACUGCUGCCAUCGCUGCAACUGCUACUCUUCCUCCGCCCUCCUCCACAAUCAUCGACCAGAGGUGACAUACAUCACACCCCCCUCCGAUUUCUAACGCACGAGGUCGAACGAGCCGGGGGAAAAAAGAAAGGAAAGCAAUUAAUUGCGCGCUAGACCUACGACUUCAGCACAGAGCUGCUGAGUCCUCGCACUCUCUUCCUCUUUAUAUUUUAUCUAGUUCGAAUUUUGCAAGCUGUUCGCUGUCCUAGGGCGCUAAGUUUGGAGAACAAACUUCGGGAUAGCGUUCGGCUUGCGAAGGAACUUGGGCUGACAGGCCAAACCUUGGAACGUGGGGAAUCUUGGAAAGUGACCCGUAAUACAUACGAAAUAACGACUCCAACCAUCCCGUUCAAAAAAAGAGCGGCUUCGAUUCCAACUCUCUCUACCCGCCAUUCUCCCAAAUGGCCGCCAGUAUAGCAUCGCCAAUACCUAUCUCAGAUCCCUCCACAGCGAUGAAUCCCACAACAACAGAGCACGACUUCCGUUUCCCGCGAAGACCCUUCGAGUCUAACCAGUUGAGCAAGACGAAUGCCGACGAGAAUAGUCCCGGAGACUUGCGCAUACAAGAGCUCAACUUAGAUUUCACAAAACCUGAUAGUUCGGCCAUGUUCGAUUUUCUACACGGCUCGACUUUCCCUAGCCUACAGAGUGUCACGGCUGGAAACGACGAGACCUUGGAACAGAUGCAGGAAAACGAUCCGCUUGCAACGCAAAUUUGGAAGUUCUAUCGCAACACGAAGCAAAACUUACCAAGUCAGGAGCGCAUGGUAAACUUGACGUGGCGCAUGAUGCACUUGAGUCUUCGGAGGAAGCAGCAGGCGGAAGAUGCUCGGUAUGUUAGUUGCACGCAGGCGCAUCGUGAAUCUAACCGUCCCCACAGUCGCGCCGCUCUUCGUGAGUCCGAUAACGCCGCAGUGAAUAAUUCCAAUAUUCCCAGCGGUAUUGCGCAACUUAGAAAGACGUCAGAUCAGAAUCUCGCACAUUCGGAUCCUAUGAAUCUUGACGAUUUUAUAUUUCCCGAGAAUGUUGCGACUCCGGCGGGAUUAGCGGCGACGCCCUCACCCGACGGGAGCAAACAAGAGGGGGAAAAGUCGGCUCACACCACAGCAGCUGCCAUCCCUAUCAAAUCCCGCAAAGCGUCCUCGCAACAUUUCGUUCCCCAAUCUGUUCCAGUGCCUGCUCACCAGAGAAAUCAGGACGAGUUUGCAUAUGUGACUCGGCAUCAUAGGAAAACUAGCAUCGACGAGAGACGAACCCGGAACUUGAAACGUCCUGCUAACUUCUCCCCUCAUGUCUCUGCUCUCAACAGCACCAAUUUCGUCGCCAAUGAGUUGGAUGCCGAUUCCGACCUCCACGAAUAUUCGUUAGAUAGCUCACAUCCAAACAGCAACGCUCCUAUGUCUCACCAUCCGGGCGUUCCUUUUCCUCUUGACACCUUCCCCAUGGAGAAUGACCCCAUCAUCACAUCAGCGGGGCCUUUUCAGCAAGGUUUCUCAUUCUCGCCUUCGACGUCACCAAUGGUGCCUCAUGGCCCUUUUUCGAACUUUUACAACCAUCACAACGUUGCUUCUAACUCUGUGAAUGGCGCAGACUACUAUUCUCCCCCGGGAUCUGCGUAUCAGUCAGCAGUUUCUACGCCUCACCCGAUGGCCGAAAAUGAGAAUAUGUUCUUCGGUUCGAUGGACAUUCGUCAUCAGAGGGCUCAAGGUUUUCGCCCUGGCCAGGGAUCAAUGAGAAACCAGAUGGCCCAGCAAUUUAUGCACCAACAUAAUGGCAACUCGAUGUUCCCGCCAGCUACUACUGGGGCGGAAUCGUCUGCCUCGUUCACCCAGACUCUUAAUUUUGGCCACGUUGAUCCGAGUCAAGUUUUCCAGCCUGAUCAGCCAGUUCGCUCACCUGGCGUUGGAAUGGCACACGAAAAUAUGUUCAAUUUCGGUGCCGAUUCUGACAACGAAGACGAGGAUGGGGGUGCAUUCGCCGAUCGGAAUAUGGGAAUGCAUCAGGCAUUCUCGCCUGAUAAUGAUAUGGAUAUGGGUAAUCAGAACUCGUUGGGUUGGGAUGCCUCUUUGCCCGGGCAAUUCAGCACGCAAGCAGCCCGUUAUCCUGGUGGACCUCCUCGUAAGCAGGUCACGAUAGGAGGUACAACAACAGAUUAUCUAGAUUCCGGUGAUUGGGACGGUCAAGGCAGCCUACCGAGGUCUCAGUCGUUUCGGUCGGCCGGCGAUAGGCGCCAGAAGAUCCCUCGUACGGCUUCUACACCGAACGCUAAUAUGGGUGGCCGUGGAAAUCCGUUUGACAAAUUGGCUCAGUCAAACCCGAAUUCCCCACCUGGUGAUGUAUCAGGAAACGUAUCGGGCUUCUCUUCCGUGGCACCCAGUCGACCUGCUUCCCCGCCUGGUUCUAAGCACGGCUCCACGAGCAACCUGCAAGCUGCCGCGGGUCAAGGCGACGGAAAUGCGCCAACUACUUGUACUAACUGUUUUACACAAACUACGCCGCUAUGGCGUCGCAACCCAGAGGGCCAGCCUCUUUGCAACGCUUGCGGUCUAUUUUUGAAACUUCACGGGGUUGUGAGACCUCUAAGUCUAAAGACCGACGUUAUCAAGAAACGUAACCGUGGAUCUGGUGCAAGCCUGCCGGUUGGUGGGACAAGCACCCGAUCGAAAAAGAACGCUGGCAAUGCGGCGGGUAACGCUUCUGCUGGGCCUGCUUCGCGCAAAAACUCGACCUUGACUAUGUCCACCACCAACAGCACAGCACAAGUAACAACCCCACCACCGGCAACUAACAGAGCCGGCAGCGUCAACGAGGGUGAAAGUCCUGCAAGUGGUGCUGGUGGUUCUGGUGGUAACACGGCAGGUAGUACACCAACGAGUUAUGCGGGUUCUGCCACUGGUGCAGUAGGUGGCAAAGGUGUUGUGCCAAUUGCGGCAGCUCCUCCGAAAAACGCUCCAGGACCGGGUGCCGCCUCACUCCCCAGAAACAUCAGUACCAGUGGCUCUUCCAAACGCCAGCGCCGAAGCAGCAAGAGCACUGGUCCUAACGAAUCUAGUGGCAUGGAUGUUGACAGCCCCGAGAAUUCGACUGGUUCGAAUGAAGCAGCUCGCUCCACCGGGUCUUCCAGCGGGUAUACCAGCAUGUCGAACCCAGGAAACCUAGGACUUGCCAACGGCUUCGGUAUGACCCAAAGGCCGAUGAUGGGACCCGGAAUGGUCGGAAUGUCCACGGCUCCCAGCGGUGUAAUGAAUUCUGGUUCUGGAAAUGGCCCGCAAGAAUGGGAGUGGUUGACGAUGAGUCUUUAAUUCGUCUUAAUGGGUUAUCAUACAUCCCUACUGGGAUUAUUCACAAUACGAGUUUGGAUCUUACCCAAUUGUGCAUUCAUUCAAACGGGUUUGCUUGGAUUCCGCACGGAGGCUAUCUGAUUUCGAUUAAUUGCACUCGAUUAUGGAGCGGGUGGUCAGAUCAAUUUGUUUUGGACGAUGG